AUGCACCGCGUCUCGGCCCUGCUCCCCUCGUGGGACCGGUCGAGACAAAGCUCGCCGAGCACCCUGCGCAAUCCGAGCACUCCGAGCACGCCCGCGCCUCCUCGAACGCCCGGCGCCCUCGACAAGGUCUUUGGAUGGGCCGAGAAGAUUGUGCCCACCAACCGAAACAGCACCACCAAGUCCACCUUGCCUCCCACCCGCUACGGCCGAGAGACGUACUGGCCCACGAGCCUCGACAAGGAGUGCGACAAGGCCGCAAGGAUCAUCAAGUCGUUCUGCUUUGACGGCUUCCUCUCCCAAGAAUCCGACAAGACCGAGACUGGUUCAACAGAUCCAAAUACACCAAAGUACAUCACCAAGAAGAUACCGCCACGAAUAAUACAGAAUGCCGUCGGCCUUGCCGUCUUCUCGUGCAUGCGAUCCGGCCUGUGGAUGUCCGGGUCUGGAGGCGCUGGCUUGAUCACAGCACGCAAGGCUGACGGAACCUGGUCGCCACCCUCCGGAAUCCUCCUACAUACCGCUGCAUUGCCCUUCGUCAUUGGCGUGGACAUCUACGACUGCCUUCUCGUCAUCAACAGCGUGCAAACCCUCGAACUCUUCACCAGACCCAGGUUAAUACUAGGCGCCGAUGUCAGCUUAGCCGUCGGGCCGCUCGUCGCGGCUGGGGCGCAGGAGCCCGAGAUCAAGUGGAGGGGGAUCAGCGAGACCGUUUUGACAUACGUCAAGGCUAGGGGAAAACACCAGGCGGUGCAGCUGGAUGGCUCGCUCGUUACGGAGCGCGGGAACGAGAACGAGAGAUUUUACUGCGCGGGCAUCACCAUUCUCGAUAUUCUGGCUGGCAGCACCCCUAAGAAUGUACCCGAAAUGCGCCCCCUGUACGAGGUCAUUAAAGCUGCCGAGGGCCGUUCCGACUACGACAAGGCCUUGUUAGACUGGCUUGCCCAGCAGCCGGCGCCAGGCGAUGCCGACAUCGAGAGCCCCGGGGAGUCCGUUGCGUCGCCCACAAGGCAAGCUUUUGGCAUCCCGGACGCCAACGACCCGGAUCCGUUUGGUGUCAUUGGCUUGGAAAUGGCAGGCAUCGAGAUCCGGGAGGCCGGCACCAAGCUCCGACCCACGAGCACGCAGUUCGAGUUCCAGCCGAGCCCGACGAGUCCGCUGUACGGGAGGUUCAGUCGCCAGAGCAUGGAUACCUUUGUCUCGAGGAGCAACCGAGGCAGCUGCAUGUCGGCUAAGACACAAGCUACGGCCACGACAGACGCCUUCACACAGACGGACGUCGCGAGCACCGCUGACACCACCUACAGCCGGGCUAACAGUGACGAUGGAAAGGACACUGUGGACAGAUUACCGACGGUUGUGGAGCCCGAUGAGGUUGAUUAUACACAGAUCGACACAAGUAUUAUCGAGCGGCUGAACCGGAGAACCAUCGAACUCGCCCCCGGUGAGCUAGCGGUUCCUCUUAUUGUGACCAAGGACGUCGAGGUUGCCAGCGUGGCCACAACCACCAGCAGAUAUGACGUCAUCGAGGAGAGUCCCAGCACCGUCGACGAAAUUAUCGGUCCGGACACCCGGAGUGAAACCCCGAAUCCCGUCACAGACGAGCAGGACCAGGACGCCGAUGACGAAGAUGACGAGGACGACUGUGAUGGAGACGAGGACGAUGAGCCCAUCAUCUGCGAGGUGGCCACCGCUUCAACGCAGCCGACACGGACAUCAAUACAGCGUCCUCAAGUAACUCAGGUGAUCCACGCCAAGGGCGCCAUCGUGACCAUCCCGAAGAGGAUACCCCCGCCCCUGCCUGCCCGCAGCCCUGCGCGUGCAUCCCGAGGUAGCAAGAGCGAGUACGGCGACGUGUCGUCGCUCAGGAGUCCCGCCCGCAACUCCUUCCUUUCGGUCGAUUCGCGGGCCGACAACGCUUCCAUCGCCGGAAGAGCCUCCAUCGACGAGGCAUCUGCUCAUGCGGAAUAUACCCACCGUAGAUCCACCGACGGACAGACGCCAACGCACAUGCAACGACCUGCCAACCCGCGCCACACAAAGAAUUCAUCUUCGGUCUCCACCGCCGUUGCAGUCAACCCCACCAUAGACGAGACUCACGCGGAGCCAAGUUCAGGCCUGAUUGAGAUUGAGCCAAAGGAAAAGGUUCCGAAGCGCAGUAUCUCGCCCCCUAGCACGGCCGGAAGCCCAGCCGAUGCGGGACACGGGUCUUCGGCCGGGGACGACUCGGAACCCACGACGCCGCAGACGGCCGAGACCGAACUGAAUACCAUUGCUGAGCAUCAGGCUGAGAGGCAGACCAAGGCCCAGGAGGAGGUGGUCAUGAUCGUGGGGUCGUUCCCAAUGACACCGCAUGCGGAGAUUGCGGGUGAACAGAAGACGGCGCAAUUAGCAUGA